CACUCCGCGCGCCAGCUCCAAAACUCCCUGUGGCAAAAAAAAUAAACUCACCCAGCAGCGCGCGGCUCACUGAAAGACAGGCACUCCCCGGAGAAUGAGCGCGGGCGCGUUGAGAGAAGCGGGAGAGGUUCUACCGCUGCAGGUGAACAGAUGGACUAGAGCCUGGGCAAGAUCACACACAGCCUACCAACCGCCGGACGGUUUCCCUUAAGUGGACUUGCAUAACAACGGUGUCUUUCCUACAGCGACGUGUAGAGAAUAACUUUCUAUCUCGGAAUGGAAUCUUCCUUAAUGGCUGAGUGAGAGCUACAGCCUGUCCGUCAGCUGUGUGGGUGGGGCCAGCUGAGUGGGCAGUGAGGUGGUGACCAUGAUCGCCACAGGGGGCUUGCUGCGUAUCAAUGCACGCCGGCAGGACUCUCUGCGUUCCAAGACACGGGCGGAGAAUCGGAGGAAGAGGAAGGCCAGGAAGAAGAGGAGGAACGAGGUGGUGGUGGUUCAGGGGAAGCUGCAGCUCUGCUCCCUUUCCGGGCUGGUCGCUGCUGUGGGCUUGGUCAUCCUGCUGGUGGGCGUGGCUAUGGCCAUCCUGGGCUACUGGCCUCGGGACAGCCUUCUCUACCCAGGACCCACCAGGGUGGCAGCGGUGGGUCAGGAGUUGGUGAACCGCUCUACCGGUUUCACCGGGGCUAAUGGCACAAACUCUGUCCAGGCACCACGCAGCUUCCUGGAAGAGUUCAUGGAUAAGUACCUCUACUCAGACAUGUUGAAGGUGUUAGGACCUCUCAUCAUGGGAAUUGGCAUCUUCCUCUUCAUCUGUGCCAAUGCUGUUCUGCACGAGGAUAGAGACAAAAAGACCAAAAUAAUCAAUCUCCGAGACAUCUACUCCACGGUGAUCGACGUCCACAGCCUGCGCAAAGAAUGCUCACCACUCAAUGGCUUUGUCAACUACGUCCAAUCAAAAGGUUUGGAGGGGAAGUCAAGCGCUGCCUAUGCUGCUGCCCUAUUGGCUAGGACAUCGUGGCCCCAAGGGGGGGCAGAGCAUGGGGGAGGACAGGAGGAGGAAGGUCAGGGGUCACCAUCAGGAUCAUCUCUGACAAGGCUGGGGGGGACAGAAAUGGAGAAGCCUCACUUCACAGACCCUGUUUAUAGCAUCUGUCAAGAGCAUGGACUGGCACCCCCCACCCCUCCCCGUCAGCCCCCCCCCUCUCCUCCCCCCUCCUCAGUCUCUUCUCCCCCCUCCCCCAGCCCUCGGCAGUGGGACAGUGUGAUUUCAGCGGCCCCCUCUGUCCACUCCUUUACCCUGCCACUGACCCGUUCGUCCCGUCGUUCCAGCCAGCAUCACCAGCGACGGCCGUCAGCCAGGGCCGAGACAGGGAGGGGGAACAGGGCGGGCCUCGGGGGCCUAGGGGGCGCUGGGGGCGAUGGAGAAGGGAAGGUGCAGACAGGUAGGACUCAGGACUGGGUAGAGGUUUCCAGGAGCAGCUGCAGCCUCACGGGAGUGACACAGGGCUCCCAGGCCCAGCUCCUCUCCUCCUCCCCUGAUCAAACCCACAGGCCCACGGCCUCCCACCUCUCCCUCAGUGCUUCCCCCCCCUCCGGCCAUGCAGUGGACUGCUCCAGGAGACUGAGCUGCCCCCGGUUAGACAGCUACAGCUGCACGGGUUAUACUAAACUAGGGAGCAUGGGGGGGGAGUCGUUUGAGUCCAGUGAGGUGGCUACCUUCAGUCACAUGACAGUUCUGGACAGAGGUCAGAGGUCAUUGGAAGCCGGCGAUGAGGAAGAGAGCCAUGCAGGAAGUGAGGCUUCAGAGGGAGCAGGAAAAAGGAAGUUCUCCAACAAAGAGAAGCUACAGAUGAUCUCUCGGACGGACUCGGGGCUUGACCAAUCACAGGAGGUGGAAUGCCUGGGACAAGAGGGGGAGGGGCCUGGAACCUGAAGUUUCGGAACCGGAAAACCUGGGAAAGGUGACGGGUGAUACCUGGGAGGGAGGGGCCAAAUGUAUGGGGUUAGAUGAUGUUACGUUGUUCGUCAUCUCUAACUGUCUGAGUGUUAGAAGACAACACGUCCAUGUAUGCACUGACUAAACUACGUUGUCUAAAUACCAAUGUUUCAAUAUUUGUAUGCUGUUGAACUUGUACGUAUGCUGUUUGGCCCGUGUUGCUUGUUAGGGAGUCUAUAUAUUAGCUUCUGCCUGAGAUUCAUGCACUGUCACUCACUAGCACUAGUCACCUCUCAAAAACAGAGAUGAACAGACUGUAUGGUUGCCUGGCAACCGGUGAACUUCCACAAAGUAGCAGGUAAGUCACUCUAGCCAUUGUAAAAUCAAAGUCAAUGUCACAUCCAAACAGAAAGGACAUUGAAGCCUGUUGUUGUAGCAAUCUGUUCAUGUAUCCCGCUUUGUUCUUAGCACCACACAGUAGCCUCUGAGUUGUAGGUCAGCAGCCCACCUGCAGUUUGUGACUAUUGAAUUCAUAUCUCUCCCUCUAACCACACCUGGGUGGAAUCCAUUGAGAGGAUGUUUGAUUCGUCUCCCUGGCAUGUUCGAUGGGUGGGUUAUGCAUUUCUGACAGUAUUAUAUGGUGGAGGUGAAGCAAGCAAUCUGAAUCAAGCACAGCUGAAGUACUGGAGAGGAUUCUGAACAGUAAUUCUCACUAAUAUGUACUGUAACUGGUUUCAACUAUCCAAUCAGAAACCAGCUUGUCCUGUCCUCUGUGACCUGUUCUGUCUAAUAAUAAACACGUGGAUCUACCCUGUCA